CAUCAUUCCAUUCGUUUAAAACUCGUAUCGACUUUCGUCCACAACCUGUUAUAUUGACCAUUCAUACGGUUUAUUUUAAUAAGUGUGCUCUCGGUGUUAGUUUGUUAUCUGUGGGCGGCUGUGGCUUUUGACUUUUCAAGUUUUCUGCAGUGAUUCCUUUCUAUUUUCUACAAUCAAAUCAAUUUGCACACAAAGAGUAGACACUCGCGUGGCAUAGCAUUUAAAAAACCACAGUUGUGUUGCCUGUUAAAGUUGUCAAGACUCAAGAGUGUAUAAAUAUACUGCAAUUCAUACUUGAGCACACAUAAUACAAAAUAUUUGCAUACACAAACCAAGAUCAAAAAUACAAUAGCUGAAAUUGAAUAGUCAUGCCGAAGGAAAAUGGAGCGAUGAUGCAACACUUCCACUGGUACUCUAAGGAUGAUGGCUCACUGUGGCGAACUGUCACCGAGGAAGCACCCAAUCUGGCUGAAGCUGGGUUCACAGCUAUAUGGCUUCCGCCUAGUUACAAGGGUACCGGUGGUGGUCAAGAUGUUGGAUAUGGCGUGUACGAUAUGUAUGAUCUCGGAGAAUUCGACCAGAAGGGCAGCGUGCGAACGAAGUACGGAACCAAGGAUGAGUACGUGAACGCUGUAAAAGCACUCCAGGAUAAUGGCAUCCACGCAUAUGCUGACAUUGUAAUGAACCACAGAAUGGGUGGCGACGAAGCCGAGCCAGCUAAGGCGAUCCCACACUCAAAAAGCAAUAGGUUACAGCCCAACGGUGAGCUCAAGGAUGUAUCCACAUUCACGCAUUUCAAAUUCCCCGGUCGAAACGGUAAAUACUCCAAAUUCGAAUGGCACUGGAAUCAUUUUAAUGCCGUGGACUACGAUGAUAGCAAUCCGGACGAUCAAGAUUCCAUCUUCCUCUUCGAGGGGAAGAAAUUUGACGAACAAGUCAGCAAGGAGAACGCGAAUUUCGACUACUUGAUGGGUUCUGAUCUUGAUUUCGACGUCGAAGAGGUGCGCAAUGAGAUGAUUGAGUGGGGUCAGUGGUAUAUCGAUACCACCAACAUCGAUGGGUUUCGUCUUGAUGCUGUCAAGCACAUCCCGGCCUGGUACAUCCCUCAGUGGCUAGAGGCUAUGAACAAGCACAAGAAAACAGAUAUGUUUGCGGUUGCUGAGUAUUGGGAAAACGGACUUGACAACCUUAAGAAAUAUCUACAUCAUUCCAAGGGACAAGUAUCGUUAUUUGAUGUACCUCUGCACUACAACUUCCGGACAGCCAGUAUUAAAGGUGGUGGCUUUGAUAUGCGCAAGAUAUUCGACGGUACACUAGUACAGGAUUGCCCUGAUCUAGCCGUGACUUUCGUUGCGAACCAUGACAGUCAAGCUCUUCAGGAUUUGGAGAGUGUAGUUGAGUCUUGGUUCAAACCUAUGGCAUACGCCUUGAUCCUUUUAAGGCAGCAAGGAUACCCCUGCGUUUUUGAGGCUGACUACUACGGCGCCGAGUACACGGAUGAUGGAAAAGAUGGCGAGCAGUACACGAUCCACAUGCCUAGUCACAGGUACCUCAUUGACAAGUUCUUGUACGCCCGCAAACACUUCGCCUACGGUCAACAGAAUGAUUACUUCGAUCAUCAGGACUGUUUGGGAUGGACCUGUCUGGGUGAUGAGGGCCAUGAAGGUACAAUGGCCGUGAUUCUGACUGACGCAGGAGAGGAUUCCAAACACAUGGAGACAGGAAAGCCAAACACAUCGUAUGUGGAUAUUACCGGGCACAUCGAGGAAUCUGUUACGACUGACGAGAAUGGCUGGGCCGAGUUCAAGUGCGACGGUGGCAGUGUUAGUGUUUGGGUCGAGGCAGACAAAACUUCGUUAUAGAUUGUGUAUAGUACAUAAAAAGCAUAAAAAUAAAUCAGUCGGUCUUAAAAAGCCGUUGUUUGUCACAAUA